AAGGCCAUGGCAGCGGGCACAGAGGAGGGGGAUGCACACAUGGAGGAGCUGCUGGACCAGGGUCUAGGGAUGGAGGAGACAGGACACGACCUGCUGAGGAGGCCCUCGCUGAAGGAGUGCUACCACAGUGACUCCCUGCUGGCCCCCGACACUGACUUCAUGAUAGAUGACCGUAGCUCAGCAACAAGCGGUCUGGAUGUGGUGGACCGGCUCACCUACCUGGAGCAGAGGAUGCAGAUGCAGGAAGAUGAGAUCCAGCUGCUGAAGCUUUCUUUGGCUGACGUCCUGAAGAGACUCAACAUUUCUGAGGAGCACCAAGCUGCUGCUGCAGCAGGGAGGAGGCCAUCAGGAGCUAAAGCGAGGCCUGUGUCUCUGGCUCUGCCCUCCAGAGCGCCUAUGACAACCUCCAGCGCUGCCUUCCUGAAGAAGAGCUCCACGCUGCCCUCUAGCUCCAUAGCCAGGAACUACAGCCCCACACCGCUCCGCAGUGGCGUGAAGAGCCCACCCGGUAGUGUGAAGGACAGUCCAUGUAAGACGGCCAGAUCUCGACCCAGCUCUGCGGCCUCCACCUGCAGGAAACCUCAGGAAAGCAGCAAGUCCAAAGACGCUGCAGUCAAUGUAGGGUCGAGGCGUGUGACACACUGCAAAGUGACUAUGCAGAUCUAUCUGAGCCCCCUCGCAAGAAAGACUGGGUCUUCUGAGACCGCCAAAUCUUCGGCCUCUGUGCCUGCCAGCAGCGGGUCAACGACAGCGCCUCACAACCCUCAGGCAAAGGGGGGCAGCAAGACGGGGGCGAGGAAAACAACCCCAUCGUUCACCUUAAACCUGCAGAAAACCACUACAAGCCACAACACGGCCCAGGACACAUCCAGCUACAAGAGCCCGCUCAAAUCACCCAGCCAGUACUUCCAGAUCUGUUAUUAAACGCAAACUAUUUUUUGAAAGCCUAUAUUGACUGCUUGAAGAAAUAUAGACUUUAUUCAAUUCUGAAAAAAACAAUAUUGAGUUUUAAUGUGCAAAGAUUACAUAAUUUUCAUCUUUUGUCUUUUUGAAAACAAUUCUUUAACAAUUUUCAGAAAACAUCACUGUCACGUUUAAUAUUCACAUGAUCACCUAUUUCAAGCGUAGUAUAAGAACUGUAAUGCAUUUUUAGCCUCCUCAGAGACCUCAGUGUAGCCGUAGAUCUGUCUCAUGCUAGUACCUGCGUUUUGUUUCUCUGAACGCUUGUUGUUUGCUGUAAAAUCUUCUCUGUCACUCUGUGUGAAAUACUGAGUCUGUGGGCGGUAGAGGGAACUUGUGUUUGAUGUCAGUGUGUGUGCGUGUGUGUGUCAUGUUUGUGUGGUCGCUGUUUUGUUUCUAGUUUUGUUUUUGGUGUCCCACUUUGAGCAUAAAUACUAAACUGCAUUUAACACAAUCUAUGAAAAUUCUGUUCUUUAUAGUUUGAAAAAGACAAUAAAACAGUGAAUAAAAGAUAUGCUCACUA